AUGGCCACUCUUUCUCCUGACGUACGCGAUUCUACUCUCAAGUCGCUCAAACUGACCUGCCCCUCCGCCGAGGUCAUUCACCCUCCAUCCUCCCAAUCCAAAUCUUCCUCCGACAUGCCUCCCACCGAACAGCAGGGCUAUCCCUUCCCAGAAGUAGGCGACGAGUGGUCUGACGAGGAAGUCCUAAUCCCCAGGCAAAGACGAAAGACGCAGUACAUACCACCAUUGAUGUUUGAAAAGAUCACAGCCACCUCAGCAGAAUCAUCUUCAGAAGAUUCAAGCACGCCAUCGCCCCGCCCCCAGCGAUCUGGCGGAAAAGUCAGCCCGAAUGUGCCGCUCAAGAGCCCGUCACGCCAGAGCGCAUCGCGAGGGAACAGCCAAGAUGAGCUUGUCCAGCGCUUCUACCAGCUUACAAAAGAGCGUGAUGCGCUGAGGAAGGAGCUGCAGCGGAAGAGCAUGGGUGCCAAUGGCACCUCGACCAGAGGCUCCAAGCUGUACAGGACAGAAGAGGAUACACUGAUAGAGGAGCUCUUUGCUCUACGCCACGAGAUACGCAACUGGAGUGAAGAGUACUUUAGCGGCCCCAUCAGGACCUCGAACAAGCGACCCUAUCUUACCAGAGCGAGAGAGCUCUUUGGGAACCUUACCGACAACUACCACGUCUACCUCAAGGACCCUGAAGAUCGGCCUCUUCUCAUACAAGCAUAUGUAUGGAUGCGAUUACAACAAAAGAUUUUCAACAAUUGGCAAAAAGGGAGUGGAUACGUCUGGGCAGGAAAAUUGGGCGACAAGAAAUUACGAGAUAUUAAUGAUACGCUACGAAAGGCCGUCAAGAACGAAGCCGAAGCCGAAGAGUACCACCGAUGGCGCUCGCUGACCGUGAACCUUCUUGUCCCACAAGUCGACGGCAAAUGGCGCCCUACCUUUGACGCAACACCCGUGCUAAAACAAAUAUCCCGCUUCUGCAGUCGCAUGCGCCACAAGCUACGCCCGUGGGCUACCCGCUCCCUGAGCGCAGGCAAGGAGCAACUAGGAACAAUUGUCUCGGCCUCCGUAGCCCUCGAUCUCAAAAUGAAGCGUCAGCGCGCCGACUACCGCUUCGUCACUUUUACCGGCGGCAAGAAAGACCAGUACUGGGGUUACGGCUACUACGACAGCGAAAUGGAAGACGUCUACGACGAUGACUCGGACGACAUGGGCGGCGGCUACGGCAGCAGUGAUAAUCCCCGAGGCCGAAGAGUAGAGCUGGCUCUUGCGCCUGCGCUUGAGAGAUGCGGGAAUGCUAACGGUCAUGUUUUCGAUCAGAGUUUUAUGAUGGUCAAGGCAGAUGUUAGUUGUAAGAGAUUGGAAAAGCGGAAGAAGCCGCAGCCUAGACCGAGAGGGGGCGGUGGCGGCAGUGUAGUAGGCGGAAGGGGUGCUAAUAACCGCUUCAGUGGGUUUUGGGGUCGGUGA